CAAUUUUUAAUAUAUAUCUCUCUUUAACAGAGAAAUCCUUCGGAACACAACGGCAGAAAGGAAGGGAUUUGAUCCACAGCAAGACAUCUAGCUAGCUUACCCUACAUGCGCACUGCACACCAGCUCACCAUCCUCACGCAGUUCCAUGGAUUUUUAUUCUUCUUCUUCCCAAUCCAUUCCAGCCUGUGACAUCCAAACGCUCCUUUCCCUCUUAAAUCCCCUUUCCAUUUCCCUUCUCUAAUUCCCUAACCCCAUCUUCUUUUGCCCUUUUUUUCUUCAAACCCUAACCUUAAUCCAUGGAUCCCUGCCCGUUCGUCCGUCUCCUCGUCGGAAACCUCGCUCUCAAGAUCCCUGUCGCCUCCAAGCCCUCUACCUCCGUCGUCCACCCCUCCACCUCGCCCUGCUUCUGCAAGAUCCGCCUCCCACAUUCUCCGCUCCAGACAGCCGUCGUCCCUCUCCUCCCGCCGGAAACCGCCUUCCCGGACUCUCAUUCUCAGACACUCGCUGCCUCUUUCCAUCUCAGCUCUGCUGACCUGGAGAAGCUCGCCGGGAAGUCGAUCUUUGCAGGGAAGACAUGCCUGAAGGUCUCGAUCUACACCGGUCGGCGGGGGACGACCUGCGGCGUCAGCUCCGGCCGGUUGCUGGGGAAGGUGUCCGUGCCGUUGGAUCUGUCGGGGACGGAAUCUAGGGCUGCUGUCUUCCACAACGGAUGGACCUCGGUGGGGAAGCCGUCUAAGGGCGCUUCUGCUCAGAUGCAUCUGACCGUACGGGCGGAGCCGGACCCGAGAUUCGUGUUUCAGUUCGACGGGGAGCCCGAGUGCAGCCCUCAGGUUGUGCAGAUCCAGGGAGGCCGCCGGCAGCCGGUCUUCACGUGCAAUUUCAGUUUCAGGAGUGCCGGCGACCGUACUUCCAGAUCUAGAUCAGUGCAAUCAGAUCCGAGCUGCUCGAGGAGCUGGCUGAGCUCGCUCAGCAGCGAGCGGGAGCGGCCAAACAAGGAACGCAAGGGGUGGUCAAUCACCAUUCAUGACCUCUCUGGCUCGCCUGUCGCUGCUGCAUCCAUGGUUACCCCCUUCGUCGCUUCCCCAGGCUCAGACCGUGUAAGCCGGUCCAACCCUGGCGCCUGGCUCAUUCUCCGCCCGGGCAAUGGAACAUGGAAGCCAUGGGGCCGCCUUGAGGCGUGGCGCGAGCGGGGCAGUAGCGAUGGCCUGGGCUAUCGCUUUGAGCUCCUCCCAGACAUAAGCAGCUCAGCAGCUGGGAUCCUGCUCGCCGAAUCAACCCUCGGGGCCAGCAAGGGUGGGAAGUUUGUUAUCGACAUGAGCGGGAAUGGCCGGUCCACACCGGCCAAUUCCAGCUCACCUGCCUGCAGCCCACGGAGCAGCGGCGACUUUGGAUAUGGGCUGUGGCCUUACUGUAUGUACAGAGGGUUUGUGAUGUCAUCGACCGUGGACGGCGAGGGGAAAUGCAGUAAGCCGUUGGUGGAGGUGGGUGUGCAGCACGUGAGCUGCACCGAGGAUGCUGCGGUUUUUGUGGCGCUAUCGGCAGCCAUUGAUCUGAGCAUGGAUGCUUGCAAGCUCUUCUCACAUAAGCUGAGGAAGGAGCUCAUCCAAGAGCAGGAUUUGUGUUGAGGGGGAAUGAAGGAGAUUUGGUAUUGGAGUUGUUUUUGUUUUUCGAGUGAAUUGGAUUUGGAGGGAAUUUGAUUUGCUUUUUUUUUUUUCUUUUUUUCCAUUUUUUUUUAAUGUUUUAGUUAGAUGGGAGAGAUGAAUUGCUGACUAACAACAGAGGGGGGUGGAUUUGUGUUUUUCUCUGUAAACUGUAUAGGAGGAGAUUAGGAUUUUUUUCUUCUCUUUUUAGAAUUUGGUGCGAGUACUAGGUAUAUUUUUUGUGGCUUUUGUAGUCCUUACUCAAUGUUUUAGAGGAGUUUGGAAACAAGUUUUUUAAGUGAUUUUGGUAAAUUGUUA